GCGGUUGGUGGGGUUGGCGGGGCUCAGGGACGCAGCGCGGGCGGCGGUUUGUGAGCUUCGGGUGGUUCGAGUAUAGUGACCGGCGUACCACUGUUUGGCCCUGGCGGGGUUGUGCCCGGCUGGACGGUGCGCGGCGGCAGUGAAACGAACGCGGCGCGGACCCAGGCGCCGGCGGCUGGGCCCAUGGCCUCCUCUUGCGCGAGCAUCGACAUCGAGGACGCCACGCAGCACCUGCGGGACAUCCUCAAGCUGGACCGGCCGGCGGGAGGCCCCAGUGCAGAGAACCAGCGACCAUCUAAUGCCUACAAUGGAGAUCUCAAUGGGCUCCUGGUCCCAGACCCCCUCUGCUCAGGUGACAGUGCUUCAACAAACAAGCCUGGUCUCCGAGCCAUGCCACCUAUUAACCUGCAGGAAAAGCAGGUCAUCUGCCUCUUAGGAGAUGACAGUUCCACUGGCAUCGGAAUUUUGGCCAAGGAGGUGGAGAUUGUGGCCAGCAGUGACUCUAGCAUCUCGAGCAAGGCACGGGGGAGCAACAAGGUGAAAAUUCAGCCUGUCGCCAAGUAUGACUGGGAGCAGAAAUACUACUAUGGCAACUUGAUUGCUGUGUCCAACUCUUUCUUGGCCUAUGCUAUAAGGGCUGCCAACAACGGCUCAGCAAUGGUGCGAGUGAUCAGUGUCAGCACUUCAGAGCGGACCCUGCUCAAAGGCUUCACAGGCAGCGUGGCUGAUCUGGCCUUUGCACACCUCAAUUCCCCACAGCUGGCCUGCCUGGAUGAGGCAGGCAACCUGUUUGUAUGGCGCUUGGCCCUGAUUAAUGGCAAAAUUCAAGAGGAGAUCUUGGUCCACAUCCGCCAGCCAGAGGGCACUCCACUGAACCACUUCCGCAGGAUCAUCUGGUGCCCCUUCAUCCCCGAAGAGAGUGAGGACUGCUGUGAGGAGGGCAGCCCAACAGUGGCCCUGUUGCAUGAGGACCGGGCUGAGGUGUGGGACCUGGACAUGCUCCGCACCAACCACAGCACCUGGCCGGUGGACGUCAGCCAGAUCAAGCAGGGCUUCAUCGUGGUAAAAGGCCACAGCACAUGCUUGAGUGAAGGGGCCCUCUCACCUGAUGGGACUGUCCUGGCUACUGCAAGUCAUGAUGGCUUUGUCAAGUUCUGGCAGAUCUACAUUGAGGGACAGGAUGAGCCACGGUGUUUACAUGAGUGGAAGCCUCAUGAUGGGCGGCCCCUCUCCUGCCUCCUGUUCUGUGACAACCACAAGAAACAGGAUCCUGAGGUCCCUUUCUGGAGGUUCCUCAUUACUGGCGCUGACCAGAAUCGGGAGCUGAAGAUGUGGUGCACGGUGUCCUGGACCUGCCUGCAGACCAUUCGCUUCUCCCCAGAUAUCUUCAGCCCCGUGAGUGUGCCCCCCAGCCUCAAGGUUUGCCUGGACCUCUCAGCGGAAUAUCUGAUCCUCAGUGAUGUGCAGCGGAAGGUCCUCUAUGUGAUGGAACUGCUGCAGAACCAGGAGGAGGGCCGGGCCUGCUUCAGCUCCAUCUCUGAGUUCCUUCUCACCCACCCUGUACUGAGCUUCGGUAUCCAAGUUGUCAGUCGCUGCCGGCUGCGGCACACAGAGGUGCUGCCUGCCGAGGAGGAGAACGACAGCCUCGGGGCCGACGGGACCCACGGAGCAGGUGCCAUGGAGUCUGCAGCCGGUGUGCUCAUCAAGCUCUUCUGUGUGCACACUAAGGCAUUGCAGGAUGUCCAGAUCCGCUUUCAGCCACAGCUGAACCCUGACGUUGUGGCCCCGCUCCCCUCACACCCUGCCCAUGAAGACUUUGCAUUUGGAGAGUCUCGGCCCGAGCUGGGCUCAGAGGGCCUGGGAUCGGCCACUCAAGGCUCCCAGCCUGACCUCCGACGUAUCGUGGAGUUGCCUGCACCAGCCGACUUCCUCAGUCUGAGCAGUGAGACCAAGCCCAAGCUGAUGACACCUGACGCCUUCAUGACGCCCAGCGCCUCCCUGCAGCAGAUCGCUGCGUCUCCCAGUAGCAGCAGCAGCAGCAGCAGCAGUAGCAGCAGCAGCUCCUCUCUCACAGCCGUGUCUGCCAUGAGCAGUACUUCGGUCGUGGACCCCUCCUUGCCCAGGCCACCUGAGGAGCUGACCUUGAGCCCCAAGCUACAGCUGGAUGGCGGUCUGACCAUGAGCAGCAGCAGCCUGCAGGCAAGCCCACGUGGGCUCCUGCCCGGCCUGCUCCCAGGUCCGGCCGACAAACUGACUCCCAAAGGGCCUGGUCAGGUGCCUACUGCUGCCUCUGCACUCGCCCUGGAGCUGCAGGAAGUGGAACCCCUGGGGCUGCCUCAGGCUUCCCCAAGCCGCACCCGCUCCCCCGAUGUCAUCUCCUCAGCCUCCACUGCCUUGUCCCAGGACAUCCCUGAGAUCGCAUCUGAGGCACUGUCCCGUGGCUUUGGCGCCUCCGCUCCUGAGGGCCUAGAGCCAGACAGCAUGGCCUCAGCAGCCUCGGCACUCCACCUGUUGUCCCCAAGGCCCCGGCCAGGGCCUGAGCUUGGCCCCCAGCUUAGCCUGGAUGGGGGCCCUGGGGAUGGGGAUCGGCAUAGUACCCCUUCCCUCCUGGAGGCAGCCUUGACCCAGGAGGCCACGGCCCCUGACAGUCAGGUCUGGCCUACAGCCCCAGAUAUCACUCGCGAGACUUGCAGCAGCCUGGCCGAGAGCCCCCGGAACGGCCUCCAGGAAAAGCACAAGAGCCUGGCCUUCCACCGACCACCUUACCACCUGCUGCAGCAGCACGACAGCCAGGACGCCAGUGCCGAGCAAAGUGACCAUGAUGACGAGGUGGCCAGCCUCGCCUCUGCCGCAGGGAACUUUGGCACCAAAGUGCCCACUCCACGUCUUCCAGCCAAGGACUGGAAGACCAAGGGAUCCCCUCGGGCCUCACCCAAGCUCAAGAGAAAGGGCAAAAAGGAUGACGGGGAUUCAUCCUUGGGAUCCCGGCUCACAGAGCACCAGGUGGCAGAAACCCCUGAGAACUGGCCAGCACUGAUCUGGCAGCAGCAGAGAGAGCUGGCACAGCUGCGGCACAGCCAAGAAGAGCUGCUGCAGCGCCUGUGUACCCAGCUUGAAGGCCUUCAGAGCACCGUCACAGGCCACGUGGAGCGAGCCCUGGAGUCAAGGCACGAGCAGGAGCAGCGGCGACUGGAGCGGGCCCUGGCUGAGGGGCAGCAGCGGGGUGGGCAGCUGCAGGAGCAGCUGACGCAGCAGCUAUCCCAGGCACUGUCUUCAGCGGUAGCAGGGCGGCUGGAGCGCAGCAUACGGGAUGAGAUCAAGAAGACGGUUCCUCCGUGUGUCUCCCGGAGUCUAGAGCCCGUGGCUGGCCAGCUCAGCAACUCGGUGGCCACCAAACUCACAGCUGUGGAGAGUAGCAUGAAAGAGAACAUCUCUAAGCUGCUCAAGUCCAAGAACUUGACAGAUGCCAUUGCCCGAGCAGCCGCAGACACGUUACAGGGGCCAAUGCAGGCCGCCUACCGGGAAGCCUUCCAGAGCGUGGUCCUGCCUGCCUUCGAGAAGAGCUGCCAGGCCAUGUUCCAGCAGAUCAAUGACAGCUUCCGACUGGGCACACAGGAGUACUUGCAGCAGUUGGAGAGUCACAUGAAGAGCCGUAAGGCACGAGAGCAGGAGGCACGGGAGCCUGUGCUGGCCCAGCUGCGGGGCCUGGUCAGCACCUUGCAGGGGGCCACGGAGCAGAUGGCGGCCACUGUAUCUGGCAGCGUUCGGGCUGAGGUGCAGCACCAGCUGCACGUGGCCGUGGGCAGCCUGCAGGAGGCGAUUCUAGCACAGGUACAGCGCAUUGUGAAGGGCGAGGUGAGUGUGGCUCUUAAGGAGCAGCAGGCCGCCGUCACCUCUAGCAUCAUGCAGGCCAUGCGCUCAGCCGCUGGCACACCUGUCCCCGCUGCCCACCUCGACUGCCAAGCCCAGCAAGCCCAUAUCCUACAGCUGCUGCAGCAGGGCCACCUCAAUCAGGCCUUCCAGCAGGCCCUGACAGCUGCUGACCUGAACCUGGUGCUAUACGUGUGUGAAACAGUGGACCCAGGCCAGGUUUUUGGGCAGCCACCUUGCCCCCUCUCCCAGCCUGUACUCCUUUCUCUCAUCCAGCAACUGGCCUCUGAUCUUGGCACUCGAACUGACCUCAAGCUCAGCUACCUGGAAGAGGCUGUAAUGCACCUGGACCACAGUGACCCCAUCACUCGGGACCACAUGGGCUCCGUCAUGGCUCAGGUGCGCCAGAAGCUCUUCCAGUUCCUGCAAGCGGAGCCACACAACUCACUUGGCAAAGCAGCCCGGCGUCUCAGCCUCAUGCUGCACGGCCUUAUGACCCCCAGCCUCCCUUAGCUAAGCCUCCUUUGUCCAAGGUGAGGUGGCACUGAAGGCCAACAGACAGGCUUAGGCCAGAGUAGGGUCACGCCUGCCCGUUACCUGCUCAGGUGCCCACAUUUGGAGAGUUUUACGGGGAUAGCACUGGCUGUGGUCUGCAGGGUGUGGUAGCCAGCAGGUGUAGGCUGGGCCCAGGGUGGGUAUUGUGCCUUCUUGGGUUCUGUCAUGCCUGGAGCAUAACCCCCGAGAUUAUGACACCACUUAAGUUGAAUUUUCCAUGUUCCUUUUUACCUCGGAUUUGGGUCUUUUUGUUUUUGAAAAAACAUUGAGAAAUUCAAGUAAAUGCUUUUGGAAUAAAAUGGAGUAUGUGUGUGCUUUUCA